CCGCUCCGCACGCACACAACAACGAGAAGCCGCUGCCGCGAGUCGCGAGUGUGCACGUCCGCGCGGCAACAGCCCUGGAAAUUUUCCCGAGUUCUCUGACUAAAUGUGAGAUCAACUAUUUGGGGAGAAAAUGGCUGAGGGGCCGGCCAAUUUAGGAUAUUUCGUCUCCAAAGACCAGAAUAGAACAAACGCAGACAAUGUUUGCGUGCUCGUCGUCCACUACAACUUUUAAAAUGCCAAAAACAAAAACUUCCAUCGGAAAGGUGAUGCUCAGGACGUAGAGAACCUGAAGAGAACCUUCAGAGUGAACCGGAACUGCAAUUUUCGCAGUAUUUUGUCACCGGAAAAAGGAAAGUUGCUCCACCUUCUCGCCAAUCAGGAAGAGCUAUUACGAUUAUUCGGCUCUUCAGAAGUUCCGUCCGUGUUUGUGCUUUACAUUCUUUCUCACGGCUACAGAGACGGAAUAAUCUUCACAGACCACUACAAGAACGAACACUCGGACGAGUUGAUUUUCUUCACAACAGCGGAGAUAUUCAAUUCUCUGAAAAAGCUCACUGGUUUCGAGGAAUGUCUAAAAUUCAUAAACUUUGGUCCAUGCAGAGGGGAACUGGGUGACGAGGUUUUUGACGCAAACCACAAAAAUAUCCCUUUCAAGAACGAAAAUUCCUGCCGUAUCACCUACAGCCCUCUAAUAAAGAACAUGGUUGUGUUCUUUUCAACGGUCGAAACGACCAGGGCCAAGCGAAACCAGUCAGGAACCACAUUCGCCUUCCUUACGUGCCAGGUCUUAAAUUCGCUUGAGUGGGACGAGAGUCUCAUAAAUGUCCUGGCAAAUAUUCAAUAUGAGAGUCACAAAAAUGUGGACUUCGUGGAAAAAAAAUACACUGGACAAACUCCAGAAGUGAAGAUGUUUUCCCAGGACAGAAGUUUUGUCUUCUCAAAAAGUCCUUCAAUCUACUCGGCUCCCUUGACAUCCGACGCAAUGGGCAUAAAAAAUAAAAAGAAACGCGAGUUUUACUCUUGGAAGUCGAGCUCAGGAGUUAACUUGCGACACCGCCUUGCGUUCCUAUUUUCCACAGAGCCUAAUGAACAGUUGAAAGAAAUUAAAAGAGCCUUGUCCCAAAACCUAGACUUUGAAACCAGCGAAAGGAUGCUCAGUGGAAAGCCUUGGGCGUCUAUUAAUGAAGCCUCGAGGCUUGACUCCGACAUUGGCUGCGUUUUCCUAUUUCUGUUUGGCCGUCUGAGUGAAAACAAGGACACGAAAGAGGUUUGCGUGCAGGUGGACAGCAGAGAAACUGCAGUAUCAGAAAUACUGCGCGAGUUCAUCGGGCCGAAAAAUGACCAGUGGAUUGGAAAACCAAAAAUAUUAUUUCUUGUGAACCAGGAAACGAGCUCAUUUGACUACGAUAUACCAAUACGACCCAAAAUGGAAAUAUCAGCAACAAACCACAGUGGAUGGCUAGUCCUAGUUCUGCACAACAAAGAUACACUUGAAAAGCUGAUCGAAAUCUUCAAGGGGCAGGAGCUGAAACAGGAGAAAAGUCUGCAAGAACUGCUCGCAAGUCUUCUAAUUUCCGAUUCAAUAGAAAGUAGGGAUAUGAUUAACUCGACGCUGCAAUAUCUUCUCAAUUUUCCAGACUGGCCUAGGUCUUUUGUGAAACUUAACUUUUCAGUGAAAAAUUUGCAAGAAUCUCAAGAAACGAACUUCAACUUCGACAGCUUGGUCAAGGAAUCAGCAAGAAAAAAACAAAUUUGGCUCUUGAGUUCCGACGCAGGAACGGGAAAGACGACAAUCCUCAGGGAAAUGGCUUUUCAGCUCGGGAAAUUAAAUCCAGAAUUAAAAAUUCUACGCGUUUCUCUUCCAAAAGUUUCGUUCAGUAUUCUAAAGCGGAAUAUAACUGAGAUUGAAUUUCUGGCGAAAGCAACUCACAAUUCACAAGAGGAAAUCAUCAAAAGCAUAGAAAACAAGCAAUGUGUUGUGUUUCUUGAUGGGCUUGACGAAAUCCGUCCUGAAAACCAAGAAAAAGUGCUGAAAGUUAUCAAUGGUCUUGAAAAGAAGCAGAUAUCCGUAUGGAUCGGAACGAGACCUCACGCAGAAAAAACAAUCCUAGAGCGGACAUCAAAUGCUGUUUUAGUAAAGAUUGAUCGCUUGAACCAAGAGCAGCAAAUCGAGUUGUUUCAGCAAGAGACGGGAAAGACUAAAGGCGAUUAUGAAGAAUUCAUCAAGAAAUUUACAUCAAAGGACAUCUUAAGUAAUCCUUUGCACCUUUCUUUGGUUGCUAAGUACGGAGCAGAAGGAAACUUGUACCAAAUCUACGACCAGGUUGUGCGACACAAAGUGGAGGACUCUCUGAUCAGGAAUGGAUACGACAAGAACAACAAAGUCAAAUUUCAAGAGGAAAUUGACGUCGCUUUCGAAUGUCUUCGACAGAUAGCAAGUUUCCACAUCAGAGUAUUUCCCCCAAUUGGUAACACGAGACAAGACCUUGAAAAAAUCAACUGCUAUGGCAUUGCUUCCUUUGAGAACAACAAGUGUUGA